UGCAUAUGGAGACCAAUGUAUGUUUGUGCCAGAGCCAAGAGAUCUUCGAGGAGCUUUUAGUCUUUCGCGCAUCUUCCAUCUGAAGAGUUUUGUGCCAUGGUCAAGACUUUGAAACUUGCCCUGGGUGCUUUGGCUUUCGCCUAUGCUCAGAAGCCCCGAGCAGAUGUCCAGAACGCUUACGAGCAGUUCUUGAAAGACUUCGGGAAGCACUAUGAUGAAGUGGAGAAGCAGGCUCGCUUCGUGGCAUUCGCUGAGAACUACGAGUACAUUGAGCGUGAGAAUGCGCAGGGUCAUUCAUACAAGCUGGGACUCAACGAGUUCUCUGACAUGUCCAUGGACGAGUUCAAGAUGAGCAAGCUUGGCAUGAGGCUGCCAUCUGAGUCUGAGUCAGUUUGGGGCAACAUCCCCAGUGGUGGCAUGCACAAGGUCAGCAACUCUACCUUGCCAAAGUCCGUGGAUUGGAGGAGCAAGGCAGUUACACCCGUGAAGAACCAGCAGCAGUGUGGAUCUUGCUGGGCAUUCAGCACCACCGGAGCAUUGGAGGGUGCAUGGGCCAUCGCCACUGGCAAGCUGGUGUCUCUUUCUGAGCAGCAGCUUGUUGACUGCUCCAAGAAGUUUGGCAAUCAGGGCUGCAGUGGUGGUCUCAUGGACAAUGGCUUCAAGUAUGAGGAGCAGGCAGCAGUCUGCACUGAAGAGAGCUACCCUUACACGGCCAAGAACGGCAUUUGCAAGGCCUCGGGUUGCACUGUGGGAAUCCCUGCACAUGGUGUGAAGAGCUAUGUUGAUGUGAAGGUGGAUGAUGAGAAUGCUCUCAUGGAUGCUGUGGCAAAGCAACCAGUUUCAGUGGCCAUUGAGGCAGAUCAAAUGGCUUUCCAGCCCUACAAGAGCGGUGUCCUGACCAAGACCUGCGGCACCAAGCUUGAUCACGGUGUUUUGGUGGUUGGGUACGGCACAGAGGAUGGCACUGACUACUGGCUGGUGAAGAACAGCUGGGGAGCCACUUAGGGUUUCGUGAAGCUUGAGCGUGGCAAGCCUGGCCCUGGUGAGUGCGGAAUCAAGGCUCAGGCCUCCUACCCAGUGGUGUCUGGUUCUGGACCAUCUCCAUCUCCUCCUUCCCCUCCAUCUCCUCCUUCGCCUCCUACUCCCAGCAAGAGUCACUAUGAGAAGCCUCCUUGCCAAAGCGGCGAGGUCCAGGCCGAAGUGGAGGGAGCUGGUGGCAGCGUUUGCGCUCCCCACUGCGACAGCGGCUCUUGCCCUACCGACGUGCCAACCGGAACCACUGCGCAUCCCAUGUGCAUUCUGCAGGAUAGCAGCUCCGGCGACAAGUACUGCGCCCUGGCCUGCAUCUUGGGAGGCUGUCCUUCUGGCUCCAAGUGUGUGCACCUCUCCAGUUUGUUGGGAGUCUGCAUCUACCCUGACACCCAGUCUCCUUUGAAGUUGGGACUUGCAACAAGCUCCGAGAUCACUGUCUGAGCUGCUUUCACCCUCACGUACAAG